GUUUGAAUAUAAGUAAUAAUUUUCUUCAACAAGGGUUCUCUUUUUCAUUUCAUAUUUUAAUUCCUUUGAGAGUAAUCAUUUUCUUUCUGUUAGGGGUGAUAGUGUUGUGGAAUCUUAGGAGGUUGUUGUGGUUGUUUUGAAUGUAUAAAAGGUGCAAUUAUAGCUCUAGAACAAAUAAAACUGUUAAAGUGAGAAGGACGAGCACGAAGAGAAUCAUGAGUCCACGAGUGUUUUCAUUGAUGGGUUUUUAGAAGAUACUACAACAAAUUAAAGAGCUUCUUUUCCAGCCUUUAUUAACCGUUUCCUUUUCCUUCCUUCCUCAUCCUCUCAUAUAUUAGUUGUCUUUGUUCUUUUUUGUUUAGGGGGUUCUAUUUCUUCAUUCUAUUUGCUUCCCUUUUGUAUUUGGGAUUUUGGGGUUUGUUUGCUUGCUUGUGUUGGGAAUUUCUUGAUGUCUCAACAAAGGCAAACUCAGAUGAUGUUUGGCGGUGGUUACAAUAAUGACACAACAUUUACCAAGCUCUUUGUUGGAGGGCUAGCUUGGGAGACUCAAAGGGAAACCAUGAGGAGGUACUUUGAGCAAUUUGGAGAGAUCUUAGAGGCUGUUGUCAUCACAGAUAAGAAUACAGGGAGAUCCAAGGGUUAUGGCUUUGUCACAUUCAAGGAUCCAGAGUCAGCCAUGAGAGCAUGUCAGAACCCAUCUCCAGUUAUUGAUGGGAGGAGGGCAAACUGCAAUCUUGCGUCUCUUGGUGCAAAUAAGAAUCCGCCACCAACUCUUCACAAUGGUGCAGGAAGAUUCAGGCCUCAACCUGCAGUGGUAGCAUCACCUGCUUAUCAUGGUUCUUCUUCAUCUACAUUUUUCUAUCAACCAACUAGGCAAUACACAUUUCCAUAUUCAGCUUAUGGAUAUUCUGGAUAUUCACAAGAGACCAUGUAUCCUACGAGUUACUAUGGUGUUUAUGGAGUUCAACAGUUUCCCCAAUACUACCCAUCCUCUGAGGCAGGAGGGUUGAUACAAAAUAAUUAUAUCUACCCUUUCUAUGGUCAAUAUGCACAGAAUAUACAGGCUCAUGGUUAUGGAGUUCAACACCCCCAAAUGGCACAGUUUCCAUUUUUGCCUCAGCAUUAUGGUUCCACAGGGAUAUUAUCACUUCCUCCUCCAGUGGUGGCAGUGCCAACUACUGCAGCAGCAACAGCAACCACAACUACAGUAUCAACAAAUGUGGUAAUAGCAGAAGUUGGUACUUCACAAGCCUCUGGAACAGCAUCUGAACAAAAUUCUACUACAUCUUGAUCUCUACAGGGAUAGAGAACAUGACAAAAUUCAUCACCAUCAAUCAUCAUACAUGUUUGUUUUAGAGAAAAUAGGUUUCCUUUUCAAUUAAGUAGUUUGUAGAAGUAGGGGAAGAUCAUAGUAAUUCAUUAUUCAUGCAUAUUUCAGCAAGCAUUAGGUGUAGGUAGAAUCUAACUAUUUGAGCUUUGGAUUCUACCUUGGAGUAAUUCAAUUCAACCAAAUACACUUUUGCCUAGGGUGCUGGGAGCAUCCAAUGACAUUAAUAGUCCUUUGUUUAUAUUUUCAGUAGUUGGGUUCAAAAGAUUGAUUUUGUAUCUUUGAACCCUUCAUUGGGUGGCCAAUUAGGAAGAAAAAGUUGAGCUUGGGUAGCUCAAUAUUCAUGAUUAGUUGAAAUUGUUAACGGUCUACAUGUUUCUUUCUUUGCACAUAUAAUCAUGGUUUUUACCAUUCAUCUUUCGCUGUCA